CUCUACAGCAUAAUCUUCAUCCUCAUCUCGGAUCUGCUUCAACGGUGUCACUCCUACGGUGGUGACAGUCGACUUCUCACCGCUUUUCGACGUUCGGAAUCGGUCGUGGCCAAAAUGCUCUCCAAUUGGCUCACUUUCCUUCUCUUCAAUUUUAUCAAGGAGCAGAUUGGUGGGCAACUGUUCUUCCUUUACCGCGCCCUUUUACAACAACUGAAUACCGGACCGCAGGACGUUGUGACCGGUAACGCACGAUACACCCUCGACACCGGUACCCUUCUUAAAACGGAUUUUCUGUCCCCUCAGAUAGUAUUGCUGGUGACUGACCCCGAGGGCCUUUUCAACUUUGGGCAGGACAAGCUUUCCGUCAAGGUGCUUCUCUGUGACACUAUUACUCAAGCCAAGGCCAAGAUUCUUGACGCCAUAUACCGGAAUGUGCCCUACUCGCAGCAGAUUAAGCCUCAAGAAGUACAACUUGCUUCGCACAAUGUUGUCUGUGUUAUGACAGACUACGACAUCAAGAUCCGUCGCGAUGCACGGCUAGCCGCAACUCAGGGACCGCCAUAUCCACUGAAUUGUCUGCAUGACUAUGGGUGCAUCUAUCGUAUGACCUGUUCAAAAGUUAAACUUGGACACAUGGUUGAUAAAUACUUCCUCUUUGCUGCCUCACUAAAUUUGGGUGCGGUUGGAAAAACCACAGACGAUCGCAGUCGUGAGAGCGUAGCGCGCGAUUGA